AUGGCUUUUCAAGGUGAUCAUAAAUCUCGUUUGCCUCAUUUGCAGAGGCCUCUCUAUCAAGAAGCAGAGCCUCUUACUGUGAAGUCAGAAAUGAUGCAGCAAAAUACAGUUCCUGAUACGAUUGCUGAACGUAGAAUUCAAGCUGAGCAGCCUAGAGAAGCACGCAUUCAAGUAGAAACUCUUCCGAGACCUCUACAAAGGCAUGAUGAGUUUUUAGGCCAGUUCACUGCUAUGGGACAAUUAGCUCCUCCGAUUUUAGACAAUUACAUCGCAAAAGAGCAAGCUGUAACUUCGCCACGCUUCCUUCGCUUUACGUUUUCACAAUGUGCAAUUGAUGAAAACACCCAAAAAACGACUGGCUUGCCACUUGCAGCAGUUUGGCAUCCCUUAUUUCCUCUGUAAGCGAACUAAAAAUAUUUUGUAAGCUAAUGGAGAUGGUUAAUUGUUUUUUAAAAUUUAUAUAUAAAAUUAAAUCCAAUUGAUUUAAUUUUUAAAAUUUUUUAAAUUUUAAAUCGAAGUUUAAUAUAAAAAAACUACAGAUUUCAAUAUAUUACUUAUUACUUAUAUGUCAUAAUUUUUUUCAUACAAAAAUUUUUGUUCACUUACAGAGGUAAGAGUUAGCUGAUGUCGGUCCUGGAGAAGAUGCAAUUUCAAUCCUCAAUAAAACUCCGUUCAGGUGUAAUAGAUGUUUGGCAUUUAUAAAUCCUCAUUUCAGAUUUGUGGAAGGAGGGAGGAAGCCUAUUAAUUUUUUUUUUAUUAAACUUGUUUAGAAGCCCACUGCAAUUCCUGAAGGACUAUCUUCAUUCUUGACACUCCCUUGCCUACUUGCUAGUUUGUACACAAUUUUACAAAGGCUGGUCUCCUUCCUAGACAAGGGCUUGCUCCUCUCUCUGGUAGUCGGAUGGCUCACAUCUCUAUACCUUGUGCCAAAAAAGGUUUAUCAGCCAAAAAUAGAAAUCGAAGCCCAAGGUGUAACUCCUGGUUUCACAAUGGGGAAUAUUUCCGAUUGAUCAGAUCAUUGGCUACUGAUGCUGUCAGGAGACCCAUUCCAACUCUCGAACUACUCCCCUCUGAGUCCAAAACCUUGAUCUGGAUUAGAACUUUGGCCUGCUAAGUCCAACAUUGCGUUCCACCAAACCAAGUAAAAGCCAGGCCGGAUAUGUCUCGAAUUCCAACUCCUUCCCGGUGGUUCUCAGCCCAAUAGAAGAACGAAACCAGUUGCAUGCAUCAAGAAGGUGAGCUGGAUUGUCACACCUUUUAAUGUAUAUGGAGUUGAGGAAGUGCAUUUGCAAUAUUUGUGGGCUCGUCCAGGAUAAUUCUGAUGAAUAUUUCAAUGAUAGAGACAAUAAGCCUGAACUUUUGGCAGGGACUUAUGAGUUUGUUGCUCCAAGUGACUAUUCAAACCGACCUCCAAUGGCUCCACUUUUCUUUUUUUGCAUUGAUAUAUCAGCUGGCUCACUCUCUACAGGACUUCCCCAGCAGAUCCUCACAUCAAUUAAAGGAAUUCUUGACUAUAUAACCCUUCCUGAACGAUGCAAUAUUGGAAUAAUGACGUUUGACAUAUCAAUGCAGUUCUAUAAAAUCGGGCCUACAGGAGAAGUGUCAGAAAUACUCGUAACUGAUGUAGAAGAUCCUUUUGUUCCGGAAAAUGUAGAUGGGCUUGCAUACAAUGUAGCUGAGCAACGAGAACAACUAGAUGGACUUUUAGAUAAAUUACUGACCUGGGAGUGGACACAGCCUACGAAGGUUAAUUUAUCUGCUGGAACGAUAGCUGAUGCAUGUAAAAAUUAUUUAUUGAAAGGAAGAGGAGGCAGAGUUCUCAUUUUCACUUCCCAGCUUGGAACAGUUGGAAAAUACAAAUUAACUAAUAGGGUAGACCCGAAGCUGUUUAACACAGAAAAAGAAAAACUGAUGUAUGCUCCUCUUGAAAGCUAUGCAACUUUAGCACAAGAAUGCACAGCUGAAGAUGUUUGUGUCGAUAUUUUCCUCUGCACAGGCCAAUAUGCGGAUGUUCCUUCCCUAGCCGCACUUUGUUCACAGACUGGAGGUGACUUAAACUACUAUCCAAGCUUCAAUGCAUCUUUUGAUGGUGAAAGAAUCUAUUACAAAAUCUUUACUCCCCCCCCCCCUCCGUGAGCGAACAAAACCAUUAGAAAAAUCGCCAUUUUUUGACCAAAAACCCACCCUCCGUGAGUGAACAAAAAUUUUUUAAUAGAAAAAAAUUUUAAUGGAAAAAAAUUUUGAUAUAUAAGUGAUAAUUAGUAUAAUGAAAUCUAGAGCUAAUUCUGUUUAAUUUUAAACAAAUUGCGUUUUAAAACAUAAAUUUUGCAAAUUAAAUUAAUAUUUGCUUCCCAAUUUUUGCAAAUUAGGAUUUUUUUAAAUUUCGAAAAAAAUAUUUUUUAUAAAAUUUAUAUAUAAAUUUUUUUUUAAAAAAAAAAAAUUAACCCCCCUCUCGUGAGCGAACAAAAUUUUUUUGUUCGCUCACGGAGGGGGGGGGGGGGGGGGGAGUUAGAAUCUUAACAAGGACACAAGGAUUUCAAGCAGUCAUGAGAGCGAGAUGCAGCAAUGGAAUAGCGAUCGACCAAUAUAUAGGGAAAUUCAAAAGAAAAGGGCCAGUUGAGAUGGAACUGUCUUGCAUUGAUUCAGAUAAGACGAUUGCUAUCAUACUCAAGCAUGACUCAAAACUGCAAGAGGAUAUUGACUUGCAUGUCCAGUGUGCCAUGCUUUACACAAACCAGUACGGACAAAGACUCAUAAGAAUUUUUAAUGGCCUGAUGAGAAGCACCAAAAUAGUCCCUAAUAUUUUCAAAAGUGGCGAUGCUGAUACAAUUGCAAACGUAAUUGCAAGAAUUAAUGCGCAUUCUCUAUAUGAAGAAAUGUUGGGAACCAUCAGAGAAAAAUGGCAUUCAAGCAUGAUACAGCUACUCACGACACAUAGAAUAACCUUAGAAACUGCAGAAAUGAAUAAAAUUUUGGUAUAAUAAUAAAAUGGCUACGUCGGGAAUUGGUUAUCUUUAACAAACCUUACUCCUCCACUAUAUUUAUUAUAAGGUUAAGUUUUUCAGUGGAUCUUUAUCACAAUACCAGUAUGAAAUUAACGCAUAGAGUAGUUAUUACUCAAAGAAGAAAGGAAACAUAUGUUUUUUACUGAUUGACACACCUGGGGAGGGUGACCCUUGGCGGAGCGUAUCUGGAGUCUUGUAGAAUACUUGCCAGACAAGAUGGCUGCUGGCCUCACCACUUGGGAGUUAAAAGAGUGGGCUUCUCAUCCUGUUGAAGAGGGGAAGCACGUAUAAAAUCUAAAUAGAGAGUAAUAGAAUAAAAUUUUGGCUCCUGAGAACUUAAGACUUCUUCCUCUAUACAGCAAUACGGCUAUGAAACUUCCAGCAUUUUCAUUGACUGGGGUGCAGCUUGACUCAAGGCUUUUUUCAGUCCACGAUCUAUUAGGAAUGAGUAUUCAUCAAUCACGACUGCUUUUUUACCCAUCUAUUUACAGUCUGCAUGAUAUAUCAUACCAACCUCAUCAGCCAGGUACAUUAAAUAGCUCUGAGCUUCUUAUCCUACCUAACUUGGUUUGCUGCUCUUUAAACAGUAUAAACACAAAUGGUGCUUAUUUGCUAUUUAAUGGCGAGGUUAUGCUUUUUUAUAUAGGAAGAAACACAAAUGAGGAAUUCUUGCAAAAUGUUUUUGGGAUUUCUCAGUUUGAUGAAUUAAGUGAAAAUCCUGAAUAUUGGGUUUUGAAUGAUUUAGGAAAUGACGAGUCAGCUAAAGUUAUAGCAAUUGUUGACGAGAUCAGAAAGCGAGCCCCAUCAGCCUACCCAACAUUAUACUGACUAUUUGAAGGAAAAGGUGAUGAUUUCAUAUUACGAAGAUUCAUGGUUGAAGAUGCAACUGCUAGCGAAAUGAGUUAUAGUGAUUAUUUAUUAAGACUCCACAAAAUAGUGCUGAAUAAAGUGGCAGAGAGAAGAGGAUAA